AUGUCAGCGGUAGUAGUAGCCGGCCAGGCACCGGUUGCUACAGGGGCAGUCGACUGUAAGCCGGCUAUGAGCAAGGGCGAUGAUAAUGAUAUAUACAGACGUUUUAAGGAGUUGCAGAAGCAGUUGGAACAGUUGGAUAUUCAGGAGGAGUAUAUCAAAUAUGAAACUAAGAACUUGAAAAGGGAGAUGGUUCGAGCACGAGAGGAGAUACAACGAGUUAGAUCGGUCCCUUUGGUCAUCGGCCAAUUCUCGGAGAUCAUCGAUGCUGAGCAUGGCAUCAUACAGAGCUCACAGGGCUCUAGUGACUACGUCCGGAUCCUGUCCACGAUCAAUAGAGAGGACCUCAAACCGGGAUGCUCGGUGGCAUUACAUCGGCAUUCCCAUGCUGUUGUGGAAAUACUGCCACCAGAGGCCGACUCUACUGUGCAGUCGGCCGCUAUGACGGAGAAGCCCGAUGUGACCUAUGCUGAUAUAGGAGGCUUGGAUAUACAGAAACAGGAGAUUAGGGAGGCGGUAGAGCUGCCAUUAGUUCAGAAAGACUUGUAA